AUGGUAGGGGUUUCAUUUAACGAUGGAGAUUAUGGUGGCGGUUGUGGAAGACAACGUACAAACAGUUUCUACUCAAGGUACAACCUUUGUGUUACUAUCGCUAAUGCUGCAUUAAAAACCCCUUCUCUAUCAAUAUAUUCUUCACUUCUCACUUGUCAGAAUCUUUUGCUGUGUUAUCUGAUUAAGGAGUCGAGCUCAAAGCUACAAAUGGCACCCAAGAAUGGUCGUGGUAAGACAAAAGGCGACAAGAAGAAGAAAGAAGAAAAGGUUCUUCCCGUUGUGAUGGAUAUAAAAGUAAACCUUCCGGACGAGUCUCACGUCAUUCUAAAGGGAAUAUCUACCGAUAGAAUCAUAGAUGUUCGUCGAUUAUUAACGGUGAACACCGCGACUUGUCAUCUCACCAAUUUUUCGUUCUCUCACGAGGUGAGGGGCCCGCGAUUGAAAGACACGGUGGACGUUGCCGCACUAAAGCCCUGUCUCCUCACGCUCGUAGAAGAGGAUUACGAUGAAGGGAGCGCCACGGCGCACGUCAGGAAGCUGCUGGACAUUGUCGCUUGCACGACAUCGUUUGGACCGUCGGCGAACAAGGACUCCUCCUCCUCCAAGGGCGAUGGAGGUAAGAAUGCCUUGGAUACCAAGAGCUCGAAGAAAUCAAACAAGUCAUCCCAUGCAAACACCAAGGACAAACUGUCUCCCUCGCCACCGCCUACACCAUCAUCGCCGACGUCUCAACAACCACUGAAGGAUUCCUCCUCAGAGACGGCGCCUGCCAAAGAUGGAUCAUCGGCGGUUGUUGAUGGAGAGGGAGAGAUGAGUGACACGUGUCCUAAGCUGGGCAGCUUCUACGAGUUCUUUUCUCUCUCUCAUCUCACGCCUCCACUUCAAUUUAUAAGGAGGGCAAUAAGACAACCAGAUGAUGACGUUUUAGCUGCCAAUUAUCUUUUCUCCCUUGAAGUAAAACUUUGCAGUGGGAAGUUGAUUCCCGUUGAAGCUUGCAGAAAAGGUUUUUAUACCAUUGGAAAGCAUAAGAUUCUUUGUCACAGUCUUGUUGAUCUAUUGAGACAACUCAGUAGAGCUUUUGAAAAUGCAUAUUAUGAUCUCAUGGAAGCAUUCUCGGAGAGGAACAAGUUUGGAAAUCUCCCAUAUGGCUUUAGAGCUAACACAUGGCUUAUACCCCCUGUAGCUGCACAAUCACCAUCUGUCUUUCCUCCUCUACCUGCAGAGGAUGAAAAAUGGGGAGGAAAUGGAGGUGGUUUAGGAAGAGAUGGAAAAAAUGAUUUGAUACCUUAUGCUCGUGAACUUUCAUCCCUUUCAUCUAUGCCAUGCAAAACAGCAGAGGAAAGGCAGGUUCGAGAUAGAAAAGCUUUUCUUCUCCACAGUUUGUUUGUCGAUGUUGCUAUUUUUAGAGCCAUUUCAGCUGUGCAACAUGUGAUGGGCAAACCAGAAUUAGCACAUUCUGCUGCAAACGGAGAAAUAAUAUAUACAGAACGAGUGGGGGAUUUGAGGAUAACUGUCAUCAAAGAUGCUUCAAAUGCUAGCUGCAAAGUAGAUACUAAGAUUGACGGAGAGCGGGCAACUGGAGUAAAUACCGAAAGAUUAAUGGAAAGAAACCUACUAAAGGGGAUAACUGCUGAUGAAAACACUGCUGCCCAUGAUGUUGCCACCCUAGGUGUUGUAAACAUGAGGUACUGUGGUUAUAUUGCUACUGUGCAAGUACUAGAGAUUGAGAAUGCGAAUGUGGGCCAUCCGCUGGAAAGCCUUGAGCUUCUUGAUCAGCCUGAUGGCGGUGCUAAUGCCCUCAAUAUUAACAGUUUGAGGUUUCUUCUUCAUGAAAAUAAUACUGCUGAACAAAAUAUACCAAUAUCACAUUCACGAACAAUAGAGUGUGAAGAACAUAGUUCUUCCCAAGCUUUUGUCGAGAGAUUGUUGGAAGACAGCCUUAUGAAGCUUCAGGAAGAGGAAGCCGAAGAGAACACUUUUGUGAGAUGGGAACUUGGAGCGUGCUGGAUACAGCAUUUACAAGAUCAGAAAAAAACAGAAAAAGAUAAGAAACCAUCUAGUGAGAAGGCCAAAAAUGAGAUGAAAGUUGAAGGACUUGGAACACCGCUCAAAUCCCUUAAAAAUAAAAAGAAGAAUUCAGACAAAAAUAGUACAGAAAUCCAAUCUGAAAACUUAAAGAGUGAUGUAGAUUUUGUAAAUGAGGAGGCUGAAAAAACUGUGACAAGCUCGAAGAAAUCUCUAAUUGAUACUGUUGCCAACGAAAACAAGCUUAUGCUAAAGGAGUUAUUAUCCGAUAGUGCUUUCACUCGGUUAAAAGAGUCGGAGACUGGACUUCAUCUCAAGACGAUGCAAGAACUAAUUGACUUGUCUCAAAAAUAUUACAAAGAAGUCGCUCUUCCAAAACUGGUUGCAGAUUUUGGUUCUUUGGAACUUUCUCCAGUGGAUGGUCGGACUUUAACUGACUUCAUGCACACUAGAGGUCUUCGGAUGCGAUCUCUUGGGAAAGUAGUUAAGCUUUCAGAAAAGUUAUCGCAUGUGCAAUCUCUUUGCAUCCAUGAGAUGAUUAUACGAGCUUUUAAGCAUAUUCUAGAGGCAGUAAUUGCUGCUGUUGUCAAGACUGAGGAAAUGGCAGAAUUGAUUGCGGCAACAUUGAAUAUGAUGCUUGGAGUCCCUGCAAAUGGACGACCAAAUAAGUCUCAUGUUAUCCAUUCCCUCGUAUGGAGGUGGCUGGAGGUAUUUCUCAAAAAGCGAUUUGAAUGGGAUCUAAGCAGCUCAAACUACAAGGAUGUGAGAAAAUUCGCAAUUCUUCGCGGUGUAUGCCAUAAGGUUGGCAUUGAGCUUGUCCCUAGGGAUUUUGAUAUGACAUCUUCAAACCCUUUCCGGAAAGAAGAUAUUGUCAGUCUAGUUCCAGUGCAUAAGCAAGCGGCAUGCUCUUCUGCUGAUGGACGGCAACUCUUGGAAUCUUCUAAAACAGCUUUGGAUAAGGGGAAGCUUGAAGAAGCCGUCAGCUACGGAACAAAGGCUCUUGCAAAGCUGGUAGCAGUAUGUGGACCCUAUCAUCGUAUGUCUGCAGGUGCUUACAGCCUUCUUGCAGUUGUUUUAUAUCACACAGGAGAUUUCAAUCAGGCCACAAUCUAUCAGCAAAAAGCUUUGGAUAUCAAUGAACGAGAGUUGGGGCUUGAUCAUCCAGAUACCAUGAAAAGUUACGGGGACCUUGCCGUUUUCUAUUACAGACUUCAACACACAGAGCUGGCUCUCAAAUACGUAAAGCGAGCAUUGUAUUUGUUACACCUCACGUGUGGUCCAUCACAUCCAAACACUGCUGCAACAUAUAUAAAUGUGGCUAUGAUGGAGGAAGGACUGGGUAAUGUGCAUGUUGCUCUCAGAUAUCUCCAUAAAGCUCUGAAGUGCAACCAAAUGCUCCUUGGUCCAGAUCAUAUUCAGACAGCAGCUAGUUAUCAUGCUAUAGCAAUUGCACUUUCGUUGAUGGAAGCGUAUCCAUUAAGUGUUCAGCAUGAGCAAACAACCUUGCAGAUACUCCGAGCAAAGUUGGGCCCGGAUGACCUUCGUACACAGGAUGCUGCUGCAUGGCUUGAAUACUUCGAGUCCAAGGCUUUUGAGCAGCAAGAAGCGGCUCGAAAUGGGAGUCGAAAGCCUGACGCAUCUAUAGCCAGCAAGGGUCAUCUAAGUGUAUCGGAUUUGCUUGACUACAUUAAUCCAAGUCAUGAUUUCAAAGGGAAAGAUGCUAGAGGAGCGAAGAGAAGUUAUAACGCAAAGGUGAAGGGAAAAUCUCCUCAAAACAGUAUUGCCUCCCCAAAAUUUGAGGCUUCUCCCAGAGGUACUCUGAAAGAGGUGUCAGAUGAAGAGAUCCAAAUUCUUGAGGCUGAAGUCAAGAACAACGUGAACCAUGAAUUAAUUUCUUUGUCAGUUCAGCAUGAAGAGAAUGUGGUAAAAGAAUCUACUGCAGAAAUACCAGGUCAGUCCAACAAACCUUUGCUGGAGGAAGCUGUAGUUAGAAAGCCUGCUGUUUACGGUGAUGCCUCGCCUGAAACACAUGCCGAAGGAGAAGAUGGAUGGCAGUCAGUUCAAAGACCCAGAUCAUCUGGCUUGUAUGGGAGACGACUGAGGCAGCGAAGGCAGAAUGCAAGUAAGAUUCUUGCUUAUCAGAAAAAAGAAGUUGCUGAAGUGGAUCAUCCUAGACUCAAGAAUAACCAUCUAAGUAGUAAAUAUUAUCUGUUAAAGAAACGGACAAUGUCUCCAGGAAGUUAUACUGAAUAUUUUGUUGCAAAAGGUCCAUCUCCAGGUACCAAAUUUGGGCGAAAAUUAGUCAAAGCAGUAACAUACAGAGUUAAGUCUGUAUCUUCAUCUGCCAAAGAUGCUUCUGCAGAGACCUCCAAAAAUGAAGGUGAGUCAUUAUGUUCCCCAGUAGAGCAAGGGAUGGUUUCCAUACAAAGAGAGGUUGGACCAGUAGCAAAGAAAAGUUCAAUAGUAAGCUUGGGGAAAUCUCCUUCUUAUAAGGAAGUAGCUCUGGCGCCACCAGGUACUAUACCCAUGCUGCAGGUGAGACUUCCCCAAAAUGAAACUCUUGAAAGCAAGGAACUCAAAAGACAUGAUGAGCAAAACAAUGAGGUUGUGGAAAAUACUGGGUCCAUGCUAUUAAAUGCUGAAAAUAUUGAGGAAGAGAAUAUUCAAGUUUUAGUUGUGCAUCCCACGACCCAUCUGAAAAAUGAAGAUGACUCUUCUGAAAAGAAAGGAGAAAUUCUUUCAAAGGACACAACAGAUGAUAAUAACUCAGAGGUUGCAGUAAUUGUAGCACCGUGCGAAUCCGGCACUGUUGACUUUAAUAAAAUGGUUCAGCAAGAUAUUCAGAAUGAUAACAGUUCAAGUUCUGUAGAUUCUCUAGAAAUGCUUAUUUGUUCCAAGGAUUCAAUUAACAUAGCGGAAGCUGAUAAUGAUCCAAAAUCUACUUUAGGAGGAGUCGAAGAACUAAAGGUGAAAUCUUCAGUGGACGGUUCAAAUGAAUCCAGAGAGAUAUCCAAUAAGAAGUUGUCUGCAUCAGCAACUCCAUUUAACCCAUCACCAACCGCUGGACGUGUAGCACCAUUGUCUAUGAACAUUACUCCCCCUUCUGGUCCGGGAACUGUUGGCCCUUGGCCAAUGAAUAUGACUCUUCAUCCAGCUCCCACUACCAUUUUACCCAAUCCCAUGUGCUCCUCCCCUCACCACCCAUAUCCAUCACCUCCACCAACACCUAACAUGAUGCACCCCUUGCCAUUUAUGUACCCUACAUACACUCAACCCCGAUCAUUACCACCGAGCACUUUUCCGGUACCUAGUGGUCCAUUUCAUCCCAAUCAUUUUGUCUGGCAAUGUAACAUAAAUGCCAAUUUGUCGGACUACAUUCCUGGCGCAGUUUGGCCUGGCCCUCGCCCAAUAGAGUUGCCUGUCUCGCCACCUGUAGUUGAGUCAAUUGCUGAAUCCACUUCGGAGUCAAAGGAGCAACUUAUUUACUCGGAGACUCUGAAUUUGGCACAAAAUUUGCCAAUAGAGUCAAUUGCUGAGUCCACUUCAGAGUCAAAGGAGCAACUUAUUUACUCGGAGACUCUGAAUUUGGCACAAAAUUUGCCAGUAGAUCUGGACACUGGGACUGAGUCUAAGAAAGAAGUAGCUCUUCUAGCAUCAGAGACAGUGGAGAACUUAAAUGACAUAGUUGUGGUUCAAUCAGGAAAUGGGGAAGAAAAACAUAAAUCUAGUAUACAUAGCCUUACUGUUCCUGCAAACCAAUUAAUGAACAAUCCUAGUCCAAAAGAAGAGGACAUCAGAUGCAAUGAUUAUCAUGUGCAGAGACAGCAAUCAGAUGCUGGUGAAGAAAAAACCUUCAAUAUUUUAAUCAGAGGGAGAAGAAACCGAAAGCAGAUGCUGAGAAUGCCAUUAAGUUUGCUCAAAAGGCCAUACAGUUCACAGCCAUUCAAAGUUGUAUAUAGCAGAGUUGUCAGAGAAACCGAGCGUCCUAGGUCUACCAGUUUUGCUUCAAAGGAAACUAACACAGCUAAUACUACAUACAUAGAUGUCUUGGAUUUUCCAGCUUUAGUGGAUGGAAAUUUAAUGAGAUGCCUGAGUACAUCAUUUCAAAAUACACAGGUUUCCUUUGGGAAAUUCGUAUUUGGACUUUCAGAAAAUUUUCUUUUUAUUCUAGAUUUUGAAAAUUCUUAUCUACUUCCUGCGUGGUGUUGUGAAGUUUGA